AUGGCGAGGACGCCGGCAGCGGGGUCCGCGCUGGGGAUGGAGAUGCCGAUAAUGCACGACGGGGACCGGUACGAGCCCGUGCGGGACAUCGGGUCCGGCAACUUCGGCGUCGCGCGCCUCAAGCGCAACCGCGCCACCGGCGACCUCGUCGCCGUCAAGUACAUCGACCGCGGCGACAAGAUCGACGAGAACGUGCAGCGGGAGAUCAUCAACCACCGCUCGCUGCGCCACCCCAACAUCAUCCGCUUCAAGGAGGCUCGCUUCUUCUUCCAGCAGCUGAUUUCCGGGGUUAGCUACUGCCACUCCAUGAAAAUACUGGGUGUUCAGUACGCGGUUCCUGACUACGUCCAUGUAUCUCCAGAAUGCCGAGACCUGAUAUCAAGGAUUUUUGUUGCCAACCCAGAAGAUAGGAUCACGAUGCCUGAGAUAAAGAGCCAUCCUUGGUUCGUCAGGAACCUCCCAGCUGACCUCGUGGGCGAUGGCACGGUGAGCUACGAGGAGCCGGACCAGCCGAUGCAGAACAUGAACGACAUCAUGCAGAUACUGGCGGAGGCAACAGUACCAGCCGAUGGCGCCCGCGGAACGACCCAGUUGUUGUGCGACGACCUUGAUGACUUUGACGACGACAUGGACCUGGACCUCGACAUCGAGAGUGUAUGCCAUGUAAUCAUGCCAAUGAUUGCUGGCCGUCCUCACUGUAAAUCAGUCUGUCGAGAGUUGCUGAUGCUCUGGUUGGAACUUGGAAGAGCUCCAGCUUAA